AUGGCGACGGCGACCGCAACCGAGACGACGACCAGCUACGGCGCCCCAAACAUCCCGCCAGCGGAUGAACUCCGCGCCGCCCUGGCGCGCGACGGCUUCGUCCGCAUCCCUUCGCUCCUAUCGCCCGCCCAGAUCGAGGCGUUGAGGGGCGCAACCUCACGCCUCACGGCAGCGGCGCGCCGGGGCGACUGGCCGUACAUCCGCACGCUGCCGAAGCAGUUCCCACCGUGGCCGUCCAAGCCGGGGCCCAACGGCAUCUGGGGCGUGCAGCACCUGCUGCACCCGUCGAACCCGGACGCGGCGGCGUUCGCCGAGUCGUACUUUGGCGACGCCGUCAUGGGCGUGUGCAAGGCGCUGCUGCGGGCCGCCGACGACGAGCUGGUCAUGGAGCUGUAUAACCUCCUCGUGCGGCCCGACGACGACUUCGAGCUGCGGUGGCACCGCGACGACAUCGCUGCCGACGCGAGCCCCGACGAGGAGCUGCGCCGGCUGACGCAGGGCGAGGCGCUGCACGCGCAGUGGAACCUGGCUCUGUACGAGGAUCGCAGUUUGGUCGUCGUGCCUGGCAGUCAGAAUCGCGCGCGGACGGAGACGGAGAGGGCGGCGGCUCCGUAUGAGAAGGAGUUGCCCGAUAUGAAGGUCGUGGUGAUGAAGCCGGGGGACUGCGUGUUCUACAACAACAACAUUUUGCAUCGGGGGGUGUAUGACAAGAGUAGGGAAAGGAUGACGCUGCAUGGGAGUGUUGGACUGGUUAGAGGGAGCAAAGAGAGGGCGCGCAAUGUGCUUCAGCACGGGAUUGGAUCGUGGGUUGGGGAAUGUGAUUUCUCCGGGUUGGAAGAUGGCACCAGGAAGAGAGCGGAGGGGAUGAGGGAACGGUUGGUCAAGAUGGGGAGUGAUGCGGGUGAUGUGGGUUAUUUCUCAAAAGACGAGUGA